AUGAAGAAUAGUAAAGUCACGGAUGAUGAAUUGGAGAAACUGCUCAAAAUGGCAGCAUCGAAGCAGAAUGACCCACGAGAGAGACAGAUUGAUGAAAUAGAUGCCAUUGAUGCACCAAAUAAGAGACGAGUCAAAAAGAGUAGAAAGUGUGCAAAUUGCACUUGUAGCAGGAAGAGCGAGACUGCUCCGAAGAAGUCAGCCUGUGGCAGCUGCUACCUGGGAGACGCAUUCAGGUGCUCUGGCUGCCCGUACAAGGGGAUGCCAUCCUUCAAAGAGGGGGAAGAAGUAGACUUCAACCAGGACGACCUAGGCAACUUGGAGUAG